CUCGACGACUUUCAUCGUUGGCCGAUCCUCCGUUGCACUUUCGCUUCCAUCUAUCCGUCUUUGCGAGUACUUAUAUACGCCUGUAACACUAGCCUCAUCGGAGGUCCUACAUCCAAGAUCCUCGAUCAAUCGUCUGGAGAAUCCGUGACAAUGGCUGCUGUGCUCCCAUACCGUGAUAUCAACGUUCACUCGUCGCCGUCGCACUAUGCUUUCUCUUCACCCUCAUCCCCCUCCGCACCAACACUCGUAGUGGACCGCCCGUCCGGUGACAUUCGCCUCCACGAUGGGAAAUUAUUGGGCUCUAAAAGAGUCUCGAGCGUUGCUGGUAUCUUGGGUAUCAUUAAGCUCCGCCUAGAUAAGUACAUAAUUGUUAUAACCAAGGCACAGCCCAUGGGUAGAAUCAAAGGCCACAUGAUCUACAAAGUCAUCACGACCGAAUUCCUACCAUUGCGAGAGCGCCCGCUGCACGAUGCCGAUGAAGAUUCCUACCUUACACUGCUCAAGGGUCUACUGAAAACGUCACCUCUGUACUUCUCGUACUCUUUUGAUAUUACGAACAGCUUCCAGCGACAAGCACAUCUUGAUCCAGCGAUUCCACUCUGGAAAAGGGCCGAUGAUCGGUUCUUCUGGAACCGUUUCAUCCAAACAGAUUUGAUCGACUUUCGAGGUGGGCUAAGUGGUGGAUAUGGCAGGCAUUCGAGUGGUCAGCAGCCCGAGGUAGAUCCCUACAUUCUGCCAGUCAUGUUUGGAAUGAUGGAAAUCAAGAAUACGUCAAUAAAAGGAAACCCCCUCACGUUCAUUCUCAUCACAAGGAGGUCUCGAUUGAAAGCAGGCACACGAUACUUCUCCCGCGGUAUUGAUGAGAACGGGAAUGUGUCAAACUUCAACGAGACUGAGCAGACGAUUAUUCUGAACGACCAUGCCUCCGGCGUGACGGGCGGUUUCGCAGGUGGACAACAGAAUGGAUCUGUGGGAGGGAAUGCAGGCAAGGAGGUCCAAGUGCUUGCCUAUGUGCAAACAAGAGGAAGCGUGCCUGUCUACUGGGCGGAAAUCAACACUUUGAAAUAUACACCAAAAUUGCAGAUAAGGGGCAUAGAGAGUGCCGUGACGCCAGCUAAGAAGCAUUUCGCUGAGCAGAUCCGACUUUACGGAGACAAUUGGCUAGUCAACCUUGUCAAUCAGAAAGGUCGAGAGCAACGAGUCAAGGAGGCGUAUGAACAGAUGGUCAAGGUACUGGUAUCUUCGCCAGCAGAGAACGCUCAAGGUGACAAUGUCACCUCGGAGAAAUUCCACAUAAUUGAGCCCGAACAAGCACAGACGUCUUACGAUCGCAUUCACUAUGUAUACUUCGACUUCCACAGCGAAACAAAGGGGCUGCGGUGGGACCGAGCAAAACUUCUAUUGAAUCAGUUGGAGGAACCAAUCCGCCAGCAUGGGUACUUCCGAGGUGUGGACAUGCCAGGGGAUACAGGACGUGUGGAGGUCAGGAAGCACCAGACAGCCGUCGUGCGAACUAAUUGCAUGGAUUGCCUAGAUCGUACAAAUGUCGUUCAGAGCAUGCUUGGUCGUUUUAUUCUUUCUCGCAUGUUGAUCGACCUAGGACUCUUGCGCGAGGGCGAGAAUGCAUCCGAUGACGAGGCUUUCGAAUCUCUUUUCCGCAAUGUUUGGGCAGACAACGCAGACGUUGUCUCACGUUCAUACUCAGGGACGGGUGCUCUGAAGACUGACUUCACACGUACAGGCAAUCGUACCAAGGCUGGUGCAUUGCAAGAUCUCAAUAAUUCGAUCACACGCUACUUUCUUAACAACUUUAUGGAUGGUCCACGCCAAGACGCAUUCGAUCUAUUCUUGGGCGCUUAUCUUCCUGCCGGCUCCGGGAUCGGAAGCCAAUAUCUCUUCGCAGAUCGAAGGCCUAUCUUCAUUCAGUCUAUUCCAUAUAUCUUCGCUGCAAGUGUAUUUCUCAUCUUUGUGGGUAGCUUCACCCGCCGUGGAGAAGAUGCUACCGUUUGGCCUUUCCGCCUCCUCAUGUUCGUUUGUCUUGGUCUCGCAGCUGCCUGUGGCCACUUCAUCGCUGCCAACGGCACUCUUUACGUGAACUGGCCCAGACUUAACCGCCUCCCAUGGGCAAUUGAAUCAAUGCAAGAUGCCUUAUCACAUGUGCAACACAAUCCUGUUGUCGGGUCACUUGUUGGUACAAAACAUGAGCGUGGCAAGAGUGAUGCAAGAGUGGCAUACUUAGAGGAGGGCAAGAAGAGGAUUGAGUAAUUUUAUUCCAUUUAGACCUAGUCUAGUAUUUAGCAUGGCUAGCGAUGUACGAGUAGACGCAGGUCACGUUGCUUGUGUUGCCGAUAGCGAGAACAUCUUGUAAUGACGAUAUCUUUCUUAAGACAUCAAUUUAAGCCAAUUUCUAC